AAGGCUAUCAAAAGUGCCAGCCAAGUUCUCUCCAAAACAAAACUUGGCAUCUUAAUGUCCUACCGCAUUAACUUUUGUAUUGCCAGGUUUGACGAAAAGUACCGAAAGCCCUUGAUUUGCGCUUGCGUAGAGGAUAUGAGGGUAUCGCUUUUAUGAUAUGUGAUAAGUGAGCGCAAGCGGCGUUGUCGCUAGCAACGAUUAGUAAUGACUGCGCUUCUCAGUCACUUCGAAGACUUCUACUUCACCAGUCAGUACUGGGAUUACUGGGACGUUCUAGUGCAUUCUUCAUUCACGACGGUCAUGGCUAAUGUUUUCGAGCAUCACCUGGUGACAAUAUGCACAGUGGUCCUUUUGAUCGUUGCUGUCGUACUAGGAAUAAUUCUUUUUUAUAGGAAAAUAAAGAACAAAGUGGACGUUGUGCGGGCGCGAAUGCUCGGUACUUCGAGGCCCCGCUUUCGUAAGAGAGACAAGGUGCUGUUUUACGGGCGCAAAAUGUUGAGAAAGGUGAACUUCCUUACAAAUCAAGCUACGAGUGGGAGGACGCGGCAAAAAAACAGACAAAUGGUCCUGCGCUUUGCGAAAAGGCUGCUGCGCCUAAAGAAGGACCAGCCUCCAACAUUACAAGUUAAGGAACCAUCGCAGGCAUUCCUUGAAGAAGACUACACAGAACAAAUGGAGAAACGCCUGCCACCAGAUGUCAUUUAUAUGUUGCGAAGUAUACGGGUUUUUGGUUUCUUUGAGAAACCCUUGUUUAUGGAACUAUGGAAGCACAUUGAAACAUUGUUUGUGCCUCGGGGCACUAUGUUGUUCUCGCUUGGUGACAGCGAUGACAGCAUCUAUGUAGUGCAGUCUGGCCGUAUACACGUGCACAUCGUUGAGCCUGAUGGAACUGAGCUUGCAUUCAAAGAAGUGACAGCUGGCGAGAAUAUUGCAAGUCUACUGAGUGCUCUCGUUGUGCUAACCGGUGUCCCAUCCACAUUUAAAACAGUUGCAGCUCGUGCUCUUGAGGACUCUUCGGUCUUGAGGCUUAGGUAUGACAGCUUUCGUAUCCUGCUUACAAAGUAUCCAGACUCAAUGAUCCGCCUCUGUCAAAUAGUCAUGAUACGUCUGCAUCGGGUCACCGUCACAGCUCUUCACAACUACCUUGGCCUCACCACUCAGCUUAUGCGCUCGUCUAGUGGAGGUAGACGAGCAGCCGCGGUGUCCCCCAAGUCGAGUCCAUGUCGAACCCCCAGCCGCAAGCUGAGCCAUGCCAAGGAUACUUCUAUUCCUUUUGCAUCAUUUGCCGCAGGUGCAGUGGGGGAGCUAGUGGUGCCAGAGGAAUGUGGCCAAGGGACUGCUCCUGAAACUGGAUCAUUUCAUCCUACAGAUGAGGCUGCAGAGUCUGAAAAGUUGGCCACUGAAGAUCCUUCUGGUGCAGCUGCAUUCAAAACGUCUUCAUCAAAACGAAAAGUGUCUGCAACAUCUGAGGCAGCUGGAGCACGUAAAUCAACUCGAAAAACGUCCUUUGUUGUUGGUGAAGGCUCCAGGACUUCCUCGUUGGCUCAAGAAUACAAUCAUUAUGUUGAAGCAGCUGUCCAAGGUUUCACGAGCAGGCUAGACAUUGAGGAUGAGGACAUGAUUCGAAACAUGGUCACUCUGAAAGAGUUUCAGCCAGGUGAAUACUUGAGCAAGGAGGAUUCAGGCGAGCCAGCUUCCUUAUUCUUCAUUCUUUCGGGAUAUGUGGCUGUCUCCCAAAAGACAUCUGCCAAGGACACUGAUGACCUGCUGUACAUUGCUCAUGUGGGCGAUAUCACUGGCGCCCUGGAGGUGCUGACAGGCGAGUCGCCCAUCUUUAGCCGCAAAGCCAAGGUGGCAUCGCGUGUGGCCUUUCUGACAUCCACCCAGUGCUAUGAGAUUCUGCGCAUGAAUCCCACAGCAGUACUGUUCAUGGCACGGUCUGUGAUUGAACGGCUAUCACCUUUUGUGCGUCAGAUUGAUUUUGCCUUGGAAUGGGUCUACAUUGAGUCUGGCCGAGCUGUCUAUAGGCAGGAUGAAAAAGCAGAGUCUACAGCAAUUGUGCUUAGUGGACGUCUCCGUUCCGUGCUGAUAAUGGCAGAUGGCAAACGGGCAAUGGUUGGGGAGUAUGGCCGAGGAGACCUUGUUGGAGUAGUAGAACUCCUCACCGGAGCUAAAAGAGCAACUACUGUCAUGGCAGUAAGAGAUACUGAGCUAGCUAAGCUUCCAGAGGGCCUUUUAAAUGUUAUCAAGAUCAAGUACCCUGUGGUGGUAACUCGACUCAUUCAUUUUCUUGGCCACCGGCUUCUGGGUAGCUUGCAAAAAGGUGACACUGUGAAAGCUGCGUCCAUGAUCUCCCGGCCGACGGGCUCCAAUUUCACCACCAUUGCAGCGUUGGCUGUCAAUGAAGAUGUUCCACUUGCAACAUUCACCCUGGAGCUGUGUCAUGCACUUCGCAGCAUAGGACCAGUGUUCCGGCUGACUUCCGAUUACAUUAAGAAGCAGCUUGGGGCUUCUGCACUUGACACAGCCAAUGAGUACCGCCUGUGCAACUGGUUGGGUCAGCAGGAGGACCGCAACAGGGUGCUUCUGUACCAGUGUGACAGCCAGAUGAGCUCAUGGACCCAGCGCUGCAUCCGGCAGGCAGACUGCAUACUUAUUGUGGCCCUUGCAGACCAGGAACCACUUGUUGGUCAGCUUGAGAAGCAGGCAGAAAGCAUAGCACAGCGAACUCAGAAGGAGCUUGUUCUGCUGCAUAGAGAGGGUGCAGACAAGCCACGCAACACAGUGGCCUGGCUCAACAUGCGUUCCUGGUGUUCCUCUCAUCAUCACAUUCGAUGCCCUAAGCGCAUGUUCAUGCGCCACUCACCGUCUCGAAUCACAGAGGUGUACAAGAGGGUUCAAGAAGGAACUGUGAGUGUACAUUCAGACUUCGCACGCCUGGCACGAUUCCUCACUGGCACAUCAAUUGGCCUUGUUCUUGGAGGUGGAGGAGCAAGAGGCUGUGCACAUGUAGGCAUGAUUCGGGCCAUCUACGAGGCAGGCAUUCCCAUCGACAUGGUUGGUGGUGUGAGCAUUGGUGCAUUGGUCGGUGCUCUCUGGUGCCAAGAAGUGAAUGUCACCUCACUUGUCCAAAAGGGUCGUCACUGGUCAAAGAGGAUGACAUCCCCUUGGAGCCAGCUGUGGGAUCUUACCUACCCUAUCACUGCCUGGUUCACUGGAGCAGCAUUCAACCAGACCAUCUAUGAUCUGUUCGGUGACCGCCAAAUUGAGGACCUGUGGCUGCCGUACUUCACUGUCACAACAGACAUUACCAGCAGCUGCAUGCGCAUCCAUCGGCAUGGAUCUCUGUGGCGCUUCAUUCGAGCGAGCAUGUCUCUGUCAGGCUACAUGCCUCCCAUGUGCGACCCUGUGGAUGGACACUUGCUUCUGGACGGGGGAUACGUCAACAAUCUUCCAGCGGACAUUAUGCGAGAGAUGGGUGCUGAGACAAUCAUAGCUGUUGACGUGGGCAGCCAGGACGACACUGACCUUACCAACUAUGGCGACUGCUUGAGUGGCUGGUGGCUUCUUUUCAAACGCUGGAACCCUAUUUCAAACACUGUCAAGAUCCCAAGUUUGCCAGAGAUCCAGUCACGCCUGGCAUAUGUGAGCUGUGUGAGGCAACUAGAGGAAGUGAAAACCAGUGACUAUUGCACGUAUGUGCGGCCUCCCAUUGAUCGCUACAAGACACUCCAGUUUGGCGCCUUCGAUGAAAUCAUGGAGGUUGGUUAUGUUCAUGGCCGCACCCUCUUCGCUGGCAUGAAGGCUGGUCAGCGCACACUUCGCUCAGUCCUCAAUCUGGACAAGGCACGCUCUGUCCAGGCUGGCAAAGAAGGGCGCCCUACAACUUUUACUGACCUUGCUGAGAUGGUCUGCGCCAUCAAGCAGCCCCAAAAAGGGAGGUCUUCAGUAUCCGACGACGACGAAUACGAGUGCUGUGAACAAGAUUUUGUGACAGACACAGAAAAGGAUGAAGAGCCUGAAGAGCUAAAUCCAGGACCAAGUGAAGUUGCUUCAUGAGAGAGCCUAGUGAGAAGCUCAUGUGAUGUGCUGGACAGGUGCUUUUCGACUGUACGCAAAUGACAGUAGUGCAAUGCUAAUUUAUCUCUCGACGUACGAAUGUCUACAUGGACACAUAUCAAGUCUAAAUCGUGCCACUGACACCGUUAAAACGUGGUCUGUGGUCUGCGAUUUGUCAGGCCAAGCGCUGCACUGUGCACAGAGCCUAGUCAAAAGAGGCAAGUGGCCCAGUGUACACUGCUGUAAAUAGCUUGUAUUUAUAGGUGCCACUCCCUGCUCCUUUCUGUUCCUGUGCCUCUUAUUUUUUUGUAAAUAAUAAGCAUAGCUUAUCUUUACUAUGGACAACCUAGUUCUUUUGUGAUGUUUCAGCUUCCAAUGCAAUUUUGGUCAAUGGCCUAUAGGUGUCCUAGUUUUUAUUUUCAUAAGAAAUGUUCACAGACUGCCACUGUGGCUUACAGUCAAAUAAAGUGCUUUCUGGCUGUUCUUGCCAUGUGUUUAUAA